AUUAAAAAUGGCGGAUGUCACGCUGAACGUGCAAGCGUAUUGUAAAGUCAUACUUCACGCCGCCAAAUAUCCACAUGCGGGUGUUUGUGGUGUCUUGUUGGCAGAAGAGAAUAAAGUAAAGGAAUCAAAAUCUCUAAAAUUCGUAGACUGUGUGCCUCUCUUCCAUAUAUCGCUUGGUUUGGCACCGAUGUUGGAAGCUGCACUUCUUCAGAUUGAAGGUUAUUGUAAAACAAAAGGUUUAGUGAUAGGAGGAUAUUAUCAAGCUAAUCCAAACUAUGAUGAUCAAAUGUUAAAUCAUUCGGCUAAAACAGUAGGAAGAAAACUAUCUGACCAUAUACCUGAAGCAUGCGUAUUUAUGAUUGAUAAUAGAAGAAUAUUUCCUGAAAGUGUAUCAGAAGCCUAUAAGGUUUAUUUAUUUAAGGAUAAUAAUUUUAAAGAAUCCGAUAAAAGAGAAACAGUAGAAGAAGACACCAUACAGAAAGCAUCAGAUUUAUUACGUGCAGAAGCUUAUAGAAAACUAAUAGACUUUGAUAAUCAUUUAGAUGAUUUAAGUAAUGACUGGAGAAAUCUAGAAAUUAAUCAAUUAAUUAGUCAGUGUGUCUAGUAAUUAAACAAAUUAUUUAUCUUAUUAUGAAUAUCUAUUAUCAAAAAUAAACAUUGUCAUACAUUAUUAAAUAUAUUUGGGUGAUUCUCUUAUCAUAUCUUGUAAUAGCAUUUAAGGAGGUUAAUUCUUUAAAUGCCAUCUAGAACUAUGGUAUGUGUCUAGAUAUAACUACUUCUCUGUUAUAGGAGUUUGUCAAUUGUUAUUCAAAUCUCAUCAUAUUAAUACACACAAUAUACAAAAUUUCAUGGUCACUGCAAUUUGUAACCUUGAAGUUGCUGAUCGUGGGGCAUUAUUCUUACAAUUUGCAUUUUCUGUGGCUUAAUCCACACUAAAAUGUACUCAAAUUGAUUAUUUAAAAUUUAAUUUAAAGAAGAAAACCAGUAGAUAUCUCCUGGGUUGGAUGCAAUUGGUUUAAAAGAGGCCCAUCAAAAGAUAUUACCCAGUAGUUAUGGCUGGCUUAUAUUGUCAGUUCACUAUAUCUUUUUAAAUACUGAACAGAAUUAAACUAUUUUUGAACUGUGUUCCUUUUUAAAGAUUUAACUUUCACAAUAUUGUAGUUUGCAAGAGAUUAGAAAUCCUGCAAAUGAUGAUCAUCAGCUUUAAAUUUUUAUGAAGGAAUCUUUGUGUUUUGUCCUUAAUAACACAAUUACAGGACAUAAAGCACUGGACUUUAGUAAUUGAUUGUAAUAAUGAAUAUUUGUAAUAUUUAUUUCCUCAUACAUCUUUUUUGAAUUUCUUUUAUUUUUGAUUUAAACCAUGGAUUUGAUUGACUUAUCAUUUAGUUGUAAUCUAAGUUGCUUAAUUGUGUCAUGGGUGAGAUAUAACCAUUUAUUUAUACUAUUUGAUUCUAGUGAGAAGGGGGAGGGGGGGGGGGCAUUAAACUUCAGGCUUAUGCAAAACAAUAACUAAAUGCAGUUGGAAUCUGCUGCUCAAUUUAUAAUUAUUUUAUUUUUUUGUAUUGGUAGGUUUAAUAAUCCGAUAAAUUGAAUGGUUAAUUCCCUUGUAUAGGGUUUGUUGUUUUAAUUGCUAUAGUAUACAAAGGAUAUAUGUUAUGUUUGUAUAUAAAUAAUUGUACAUUUAUGAAUGUAUAGCAUUUUAUUUCCCCAAAGAAAUCGUGGAAUAAUAAUAAUACUGAUAUUGUAUAUACACGGUAUAUAAGCACGGCUGUAAGUAAAGCUGAUUGUCGAUGAGCGUACUGAAAUUGUCUGUUAUAAUGGUAAGUUGAGAGGAAAAAUGUGUUUUAUUUAAAGGCAUGAAUUUUUUUUUGAAAAGGAAUAGAAAUGAAAGUGGCUAAUUGAACAGAUCCAUAUGGACACAGACUAGUAAUUUUUUCUCCAUUGCAAAGUGGGUAAGACGCUGGCUCACUACUAGCCUGGAGGUCGCGGUCUAGUUGUUCGGAUGUGACGAAAAACCGAGGUCCCGUGUACACGUAAAAGAUCCCUUGACAGUUGGAAUUCGAUAUAAAAGUAGGCCAUUGUGUCACUGUCCGGGCAAAAUUUCCCUCAUAGCACACUGUCUGGUGUAUGCCUGUCUUCAUUAGCCCAGUUCGGAGCAGAACAGUAGGACGUUAAACUUCAUUUCAUUUCUCUCCAUUGACUUCAAUGUUAAAUGCAUGCCAUUUAUUGGCCUAUAUGUAUAACAUAUUUUGGAGCAUUCUGAUGACUUUAAUCUUUAUAACCACAAAGAGCCCAACAUUUCUCAGUCAUCUGAUAACAAUAUUGAAGGGGGGGAGGGGGAGGCAUCCAGUCAGAGGAAUCUAUAGUCUCUGACAUGAUUUUCGUACGGUUUCCCUAAUUCAUGCCUGUUGAUGUCCCGUUAUGUCUGCAUCAGAUCAUUAAUAUUCACCAAAACUGGACAAAAAAUAUAAAUUUGAUUCAGAACCAAAAGUAUCCAAAAAAGGGGAGAAAAAGAAUUGCUAUAAAUAGCUGAACUACAUUCAUGGUUACAGAGAUACUAGUCUGAGUCCAUAUCCACAAAUAUAGACACAGGGUUAUUAUUUACUGCUGUCAAUUUUUUGUUUAAAAUUGGUGAAAGAGAAUAUAAAUGAUAAUAUUGCUUUAUAAAUAUGAUAAAUUUGCGGUUGUUUAAUGUCAAAAUUCAAAAUUAAGGGCAUUGAUUUUAGAUAUUCAGUUAAAUAUAAAUGAUAUUUUAUGUAUAAAGUAUGGUAAUACUGUGAAAUAUAAUUACUGUGUAAUGUUUCAGGUAGGAUUCAUCUUUAUCAAAGGCCUGUAUUUUCAUUUUAUUUACUAAAUGCAUAAAACAGUUUUAUAAAAUGAUAGUGUGCUUAAAAAUGUUGAUUCAUUGAAGUGUAUGUAUGAUUAUCACAUGUAAGAUAUAAAUUACCAUAUAUGUUAGUCUCAGAAUGACCAAAGCAUUGUUUUGAGGUGUAUACUCAUUCCUUUGAUUCUCCUGACAAUUACAAAACAAUCUGAUUAAAACACAGAUCCUAUUUUGUUUUUUUUUUUUUUUUUUGUAGUUCAAAAUUUCGUUUUACUUGUUUUUACUACACAAGGAUCUGGAAAAGUUGUUAUAUUACUGGCAUUCUGAUUGAAGUGAGGGAUUAGCCAAUGAAAUGGUCUGUUACAGCAAGUUCUUGGCGUGCGUUACACUGAACUGUGGGUAAACCACUAGAAAUGUCAUCGCUGAUUGAUUAAUCAAUGUCGGACGUCGUAGGGUCAAAAGCCGCUUGUAUGACCCCUGACACGACCUUCUAGUACAACUGUUCAGAUCUUCAUGUAGUGUAGGCCAUCGAAAGUAUAAUAAAAUGAAACGAAAUGUAGAUCUGUAUUUUAAUCAGAUUGAUUACGAAGUAGAGAAUUUUAAGUGUUUAACAUGAAGAUUCUAUAGCAUUUAUUUCAUCAUCACAAAUUAAUGUUUGGUAAUGACAUUAUAAAAACAAAACUCUUAAAACUUACACAGGAUAUUUUUUGUCACUAGCCUUUCUAGAAAGCAGGGGUUUAUUAAAGUUGGUUUGUUUGUCCGUUUGCUUAACACAAUAACUCAAUCAUUUUUAAAAUUGGUUUAGAUAUUUAGGUGAGUAUCUAGAGUUUAAUAAACAUUUUUGAGGAUGCAAGACCAAUUAACAGUUGGUUUUGUCAGUGCUUUGGAACAUGAUCAUGAGAGUGAUGAACCAAAAAAGUCCUCCAUGCUUUAUAAAAACAAUCUUUAAGUAAUUAGUUAGCUAUUUUGGGAUUGAGGCGGUGUCCUCACUGUUGACUUUUCUCCCAAUUAUUAUCCAUUGUAACUUUUGAUUGUCUUGAGCUGUGGUGACUAAGAUAUAUUUGAUUAAAAGCUAACCCUGCAUCGACUGAGAAUGGCUAAAUGUUUCUCCUUUUCUUUUUGAGUGUGAAUAAUAUGAGAGAUUGUUAUUUGUCUGUAUAAAUAUGUUUUAGAUGGAUCUCUUGUAUAUAUAUAUACAAAAAAUGAAUUAUUAAUAAUUGUAUAUGUAUAUAUGUCUAUUAUUAAAUCAUACACUGUUUUAUUUAUUCAUCCUUUUCUAAAUAAAUUAAAACUGUAUAAAAA